UUUGAUCACAGACAACAGAGAUUGUAAUUUGAUUGUGUCUAUGGUUGAGAUUGUCUACUUUUUUGGUCAAAUCUUGGAUAUAACAAAAAAUUAUUUUACUUCUCAAACAACAAAAUAAUCUAAGAUUGAAAGAAUUCUACAAAUUUGUUGCAUUGAAUAAAGUGUUCUAUAAAAUGUUCGUUUGAAAAAGAGUGCUCUAUGUCAUAAUGAACAACAAUUUAGAAAAUGAAAGAUCUGUUACAACUGGUAAAAUGUAUCCAAUUGAUUUAGCGCCACAAAAGAUAACUAUUGUGAAAAGUGUUUCUAAUGCAGAAGUUAAAAUGGCUCAUUUGAUCACUGGACAACCGAAAACCUCGAAUCCUGGUCAAAUUAUAGCCCACACCGGCCCUGUGGGCCUAAUGCGUCCAGCUGCUCAAAUCAUCUCACCAAGCGUCGCUUCUCAGUCUCAAAUGAUAGUGAGUGGAUCGCCGAUAUUGCAAGGAACCCAAGGAUCGCAACUAUUGAGCCCAAGUACCCAAAUUAUAUCCCAGUCCCAAUUGAUAAGUCCAAGUGGCCAAAUACUGAGUCCUGCUACACAAAUAAUCAGCCAGGGGUCACAAUUGUCUGCUCAAGUAUCUAAUAAUAGCACAGGGACAAACAAUGCUCAAACAAGUGCAACAUCAGCAGGUGCAACACAAGUACUGAAUGUUGGUGGCCAACUUGUUGGUGGCAGUGGAAAUUUGGUAGUCAGCUCAUCUGUGCGCACACUGCCACCAAGUGUAAGAGUGUUAUCUCCUUUGCCACAUCACAAUACAAGACCUGUGUUAUCCAGUGUCAAUGUGAGCACUUCUAGUGGUGUCUUGGUGAACAAGAGUAUUGGUAUGACAAGUCAUGUACCUCGUGGACUGGCUGCAGGAGCUUCCCUGGCUGUCAGACCAGUCACCCCAACAGCUUCUCAAGGAGUUGGUGGUCAAGGUGCAUGGUCAAGUGCCACCCGAGGAGCUCGAGGUGCUUUGGUCUAUGGUGCUCGUACAACAACCCCGCGUGCUCCAGGAAGCCGCCCUGUGACCCCUACAGGACUAACAGCAACUGCCACUCAUCCAGCCUCAGUACAACCCUCCUUAACAACACAAUCUCCACAUGCUGUUGUCUCAAUGCCCAGCACAACUGUUCUAACUUCCAGUGGAGUCAUAUCUGGUACAGUGAGAGGCCCAGCACCACGUUUGCAAGCUCCAGCGCCGACUUCGGUGGUGUCUACUCCACGCCCUUUACCACUAUUACAACGAAAUUAUCAGCCCAAGGUGGUGGGUGUGGCUAGUGUGGGCGUGCGCGGCGUAGUGGGCAACAGUGCGCCGGCACAGCUUUACUACGAAGUGCCGCGCGCCGCUGCACCGCCGCCGCAGCCGCAUACGCUCGCGCCGCGCCCGAUCGCGUACGGCCACGCUCCUUCGCCCACACCGCUCCAGCCGACGCAGCCUCCGCCGCAGCAGCCGACGCAACCGCAGCCGACGCCGUCGCCACAGGCGCCCCACUCGCAGCCGAUGCAAGUCAAUAAUGUUCCAGUUGUAGCAGAAACUAGAGCUCAACCUAGUGGCGUUCAAAACGCACCCGUGGUCCCUCGCCCGUCGAUCCUACGAAAACGAGAUAUUGAAGGGUCUCCAACGAAAGCAACCUGCGCGGCUCCCGUGGGUCCGCCUAUAGUUCCAGUGAGCUCUAGCUACCGCGAAAACACCGGAUGGGAGGACAUCCCGGGAGGAGGCGGGGGCCCGGGUUCCGGGGGCUCCACGACCAUAUCGGCGUCCUCCUCCCCCGCGCCCGAUGAUGAGCCCGACCCGCCAAGGAACGAGGACGUCUCCCCAAGAAAGAAACCAAGGAAGCAGUUGUUGACUAAUGAAGUCAGACAAUGUGAAUACACACCAGACGAAACGCCUCCAACUCCCUCGCCAGUGACUGUCAACCCUCCUCCAAAACGUCCUCUAUUGAGCUCGGGCUACGUUUGUGGAUGGCGCAGCACCGCGUUACAUUUCACGCGGCCUUCGGACGUGCGUCGUCGAGAGCCUCGCGCUAAAGACAUCCUCGCCAUCGCCAGCCAGAGGCAUGUCCUUACCAGUGCCGAAGGCUGGAAGCUGCACCACCUCACCGCGCAGAUGGACGCCUUGGUAUCGUUAGAAGAAGACGUCGGGGAGCAAUUGGCGAGCUUACUGCGAGCGCUGGAGACUGCGUCGGGCCGCACCAUCACCGCGUUGCAGCCGCACUCUCAUUCCAUGCUAGAGUUACUGAAGGGCAAUAUUCAAAGAAGCAAGAUUGUUUGUGAAGGUAUUCAAGAAGCACGCGAGGACAUACUUCGAGUAUUUACUCACAGAAAUUUCGUAUCUGAAAUUUUAACGCGCCAAGCGGACAAAAGGUGUUUCAGGAAACAUCGGUCGCAAUCAUAGCAUAGUAUUUCUAAAAUAAAACUAUUUUGUAAAUAGCAUAGAUAAUGUGUACAUUUUUGAAUAGAGUAUUUAUAUUAGUAAAAAGUGACUUCUAUUUCGUUCUCUGACCUAGACUUAUUUUAAUACU